UCUCUAGACAUUUUCAAAACAGCUGAACGAUCGGUCUAUACAUAUAUAGUUGGAUGGCUUUCCUCAUGUUAUUGUGUGGUGGAUAUAACUUGGCAUGGACACUUUAUUAAAUGAAGAUUGCUGGUUCACUAUACUUCAAUAUCUACAGCUUGAAGAUCAAUUGACAUUGGGAGAGGUUUCGCAUCAUCUGCAACGAUGUGUCACCAGACAUUGGAAAUGUCUCACAAAUGCUAAAAUCAAUGGUCAAGUGCUGAAAAAGUUCAUUCUAAACUCAUUUCUUAUGUUUGAAUUUGCAUCAACCGCCUGCGGAACGCUUCAAAAGUUAACAAUCGAUGGCGACAUAAUAGACUUGCUUAAUUCCUGGAGGAUUUUCAAUUUCCCCAAACUACAUACACUCGAUUGCAAUUGGGAGCCAGAGAGACUAAAUGUUUUGCAUACAAUUACGGAGAAUGCUCUAAUGGAUCAAUGGCUAUUAUCAAUUCGAUGGCAACAGGCAGAUGAGAUCUCGAUGCUUCUUACGGAACUUUUCCCGCAUCUCCGAAAGCUGACACUGCAUGCCAAUGUCCGGGGAUGUCAUUUGUGGCGUCUGUCUCAGUUGGAAGAGUUACAUAUUUGUAAAUCACCCACAAGUGAGAUUCAUAAGUUUAUUGCCCGCAUCCUUAUCAUACCCAAACUGCACAAGCUACACUUACACGAAUCUCAAUCUUUGAUUGAAUUUAUCAAUCAGAAUCCACUAAAAGUAAAAUCGAUACGCUUUAUCCAUAAUAGACCCCUGCUAAGACUGGCUGGUAUGGAAAAUCUUCAGGUAUUAGCCAUUCAUGGUUGUAAACUAGACAAUGGGUUGUGGCGUGAAUUUGUUUCUGAGAUUCCAUCAUUGGAGCAAUUACAUUUAACUGAAAUGGAUGAAAGUCUCUAUGAGUCUCAUGAUGCGGAGAAAAUCUGGUACUUUGUGGCACAAUUCGGAAACCUCAAAGUUGUCAAUUUGUCGGGAAGUUGUAUUAAUCCACAUGAAUUUGUUCUGUCCGGCGCAAAGUGGUUAUCGGUUGCCUUAAAAGAUCGCGAAGUGCCACUCAUGCUACAUAUCGAUCCCAAGAUAACUUCACCAAAGAGUCUGACUGCAUUUAAACAAAUUCUAACAACAUUGAGACAUCCGAAAUUGGUUAUUAAAUUUGAACCAAUUGCAUGGGAACGUACAAAAAUAUUUUGCACAAAAUAUAUGGAAGUUGAGUUUAUGUGCAAUUAGGAUAUAUCUUAAUGUAAAUCACCUAAUCUUAGUCAGAUAUAUGUAUGUGAACAAUGUAAUAAAAAAGCUAUCGAUAGUUUAUUUGGUUCAGUGCCGGAUUAAGACAUCGAGGGACCUACUUAUAUCAACCAAAA